UCGCCUAUGAGAGGAAGCCGGGCGCGCAGGCGCGGUAGGAAGGAGCUGCUGGUUUUGUUGAUGUUGUGCAGGAGUUCAUUGUUGUCAUAGCUGAGGUAAGAUCACGUUUGUGUGUCCGGGGCCGCAGCGCUGGGAGCUCACACACGGGGUCUUCAUGAAGGUCUGAUGGAAAAGACCAAGGAGCUGACUUCUUAUGUCUCCUGGCAGGCUGACCAUUCUUCACGUUCUGUGCGGAAAAGACGGGACUCAUUCGGAAUGUUUGACGGGUAUGAUACUUGCAGUGAGGACAGCAGCAGUAGCUCCAGCUCUGAUGAGAGUGAAGAGGAAGUUGCCCCUUUACAAUCCAGUCUCCCCAUUAUUAAAAAUAAUGGGCAGGUGUAUACUUACCCAGAUGGGAAAUCUGGCAUGGCUACAUGUGAAAUGUGUGGAAUGGUUGGAGUCAGAGAUGCUUUCUACUCUAAAACAAAGCGAUUCUGUAGUGUUUCUUGCUCUCGAAGCUAUUCCUCAAAUUCUAAGAAGGCAAGCAUCAUGGCGCGACUACAGGUAGGUAGACCUCCCUCCAAAAAGGCAAAGGUUCUCCAGAAACAGCCAUUAGUUGCAAAGUUAGCAGCUUAUGCACAGUACCAAGCUACCUUGAAGAACCAGUCCUUAAGUAAAACUGCUAUUACAGCAGAGGGAUUUAAAUGGGGCAACUACAUCACUAGCAAUAACCAGGUGGCUGCUCCAGUUAGUUGCUUCAAACAUGCACCAAUGGGGAAUUGCUGGGGUGAUAUAGCAGAAGGCGUUCGUGUUGAAGUCCUCAACACAGACAACAAUCUGCCUCCAAAGGUGUUCUGGAUUGCUGUAAUUGUGAAAUUGGCAGGUUACAAUGCUUUGCUGAGAUAUGAAGGCUUUGAAAAUGAUUCCAGCCUGGAUGUCUGGUGUAAUAUAUGUAGUACUGAUGUCCAUCCUGUUGGUUGGUGUGCCAGCAGUGGAAAGCCCCUUGUUCCACCACAAACCAUACAACAUAAAUACUCAAAUUGGAAAGCUUUUUUAGUCAAACGACUGACUGGUGCCAAGACGUUUCCUCCAGAUUUUGCGCAAAAGGUAUCAGAAAGUAUGCAGUACCCUUUCAAGCCUUUAAUGAGGGUAGAAGUGGUUGACAAAACACAUCUUUGCCGGACACGGGUUGCAGUGGUGGAUAGUGUAAUUGGGGGCCGCCUUCGAUUGGUAUAUGAGGAAAGUGAAGACAAGACUGAUGAUUUCUGGUGUCAUAUGUACAGCCCUCUGAUACAUCAUAUUGGUUGGUCUCGAAGCAUAGGUCAUCGAUUUAAGAGAUCGGAUAUAUUAAAGAAACAGGAAACUCACUAUGAUGCACCAUCUCACUUAUUUGCAAAGGUUAAAGAUGUUGACCAGAGUUCUGAAUGGUUCAAGGAAGGGAUGAAGCUAGAGGCUAUUGAUCCAUUAAACCUCUCUGCAAUAUGUGUAGCAACCAUUAGAAAGGUUUUGGCAGAAGGUUAUCUAAUGAUUGGAAUUGAUGGAUCCGAAGCAGCAGAUGGUUCAGACUGGUUUUGUUAUCAUGCUUUAUCUCCCUCCAUAUUUCCUGUUGGUUUCUGUGAAAUUAACAAGAUUGAACUAACUCCACCACGAGGCUACACAAAACUACCUUUUAAAUGGUUUGACUACCUCAGGGAAACUGGAUCCAUAGCCGCUCCUGUGAAGCUUUUUAACAAGGAAGUCCCAAAUCAUGGCUUCCGCGUUGGAAUGAAACUUGAAGCGGUAGACCUCAUGGAACCCCGGCUAGUGUGUGUUGCCACGGUAACGCGCAUCAUACACAGGCUGCUAAGGAUCCAUUUUGAUGGCUGGGAAGAGGAGUAUGAUCAGUGGGUCGACUGUGAAUCUGCAGACCUCUAUCCUGUUGGCUGGUGUCAAUUGACAGGAUAUCAAUUACAACCUCCAGCACCACAAGUAACAAAAGACAACCAGACGACUGUAUCCAAACAGAAGAAAAAGUCUAAAUCCCAGCAGUACAAAGGACACAAAAAAAUACCAACGUUGCAGCUGAAGGAGGAAUUGUUCGAUGGAGAGGAAUAUUCAUUUCUACAAGGAGCUUCUGACCAGGAAAGUAAUGGAUCUGGCAGCUACUACAUCAAACAAGAACCAUGAUGCAAGUUAAAUGAUUCUUAGUAACAAUAUAAGAAUGUUUUCAUACAAAAAACAAAAACUAUUUGAAAAUAAAACACACAAUGGACUUGUGUGCAGGGACACUCUGUUAAGUGAAAAAGAAAAUAUUUUGGUGAAGAAGAAACAAAAAGAUUUUACAAUUUAUUAAAUAACUAACAAUU